UCCGUCUGUGCGUCGCAUGCAUCUCGGCGGCAGGUGCUUGUUUACGUUUUCAAAUAUCACUAAUUCUCUUGGGAAAGGUGAACAGCCAAACUGUUGACUUUGGCAUGCCAUUGAUAGAAAACGACCGCGGGGAAACGGAAGAAGAAGAAAUGGACCACGAUCCGGGGGACAGCGAUAAGUCUUCCGAAGAUGAAACGGGGUCGGCAACAUCGGAGGGAGAAGACGAAGAUACCUCGGAUCUUGAUGAGGAGGAGAGUGAGCGAAGGAGAAAUGAAUGCCUUGAUGAUAUGACUGAACUGGAAAGACAGUUCAGUGAAUUAAAAGAACAACUGUACAGAGAGAGAAGUGCUCAAGUAUCAGAAAAGUUAGAGGAGGUGAAGGCUGGAAAAGCAAUAGAAUAUCUGAACCCACUGGCACAGUUGCAGGACAACAUGAGGAUUCGUACUCAGGUGGCAGGGAUUCUUCGAGAAUUACGGAUAGCUUGUAUUAAGAAUAGAUUUGAAAGUGAGGAGUUGUCGUCAUAUCAGAACAUGGAGAGUGAGAAGAUUAUCUUGUAUGAUACUGUGAAGCAAGAGCUGGAAGAAAGAAUUCGUCGUUUAGAAGAAGAUAGGAAUAACAUCGACAUUUCUUCAGAUUUGUGGAAUGAAUCUCAGAGUCAGAAAAAGAAGAAGAAACCUACAGAUCCUUUCAACCCAGACAGAAGGAGAAAGCCUGUCACCAUUUCUGGUCCAUAUAUUGUGUACAUGUUGAAGGAGCUAGAAGUCAUAGAAGACUGGACAGCUAUCAAGAAGGCCCUGAAGCAGCAAAGUCAAAAGCGCAAGCCAGAAUUAUGACAAUCAGCCCCUGUCAAGCAGAAGAAAGUUGUUUGACAGACAUCAAUAUACAAACUGAGAAAAUAUCACUUUCGGGAGUUGACCAUCUCUUUUCCCAGUCAAAGAUGGACACCAGGUUGCCAUGGAAACAGAAAUGUUUUGAAGGACAGGGUUGCCAAGAGGUUGUUGACAUAGCGUACAAAUAUAUACCUGAAUUGUUGACAGUGGGUUUCUACAGAACCCUUCCAGGUACAUGGGACUGUGUUUUGCUCAGUAGUUUGUGCUGGAAAGUCAUUUGGACCAGCAGACA